CACGCGCGACUGCAAAAGGUAAGGUGCGCUGGAUAAGAUGGCUGCCAAAAGUUUUGCUUCCCGCCUCAGAGGCUCUGGGCGCUUUUUGAGUGUCUUCGUGGCGGGAGGUGUGGUGGGCGCCGCGGGAGGCGGGUUCACGGUCAUGCAGUUGUUCCGGAGUCAGGGCGCUGAGGCAGCGUUGGCAGCGAGGGAGCCCGACGGUUCUGCAGAAAAGGCUCUCUUGGAACAAUAUGGAGUCCCUUUAACUGGAACAGAGACUAGGCAUUACACUAAUCAUGCCUUGUCUUAUGACCAGUCAAAGCGAGUGCCUCGAUGGGUUCUUGAACAUAUAUCCAAAAGCAAGAUAAUGGGUGAUGCUGACAGAAAACGUUGUAAAUUCAAGCCUGAUCCCAACAUUCCUCCAACCUUCAGUGCUUUCAAUGAAGACUAUGUUGGGAGUGGGUGGUCACGAGGACACAUGGCUCCAGCAGGAAAUAACAAAUUUUCAUCUAAAGCCAUGGCUGAAACCUUUUACCUUUCUAAUAUUGUGCCUCAGAAUUUUGAUAAUAAUGCUGGAUAUUGGAACAGAAUGGAAAUGUACUGUCGAGAACUGACAGAAAGGUUUGAAGAUGUUUGGAUAGUAUCUGGACCGUUGACCUUACCUCAGACUGGAAUUGAUGGAAAGAAAACAGUUAGUUACCAGGUGAUUGGUGAGGAUAAUGUGGCUGUUCCCUCGCACCUUUAUAAGGUGAUCCUGGCUCGCAGAAGCCCAAUGUCUACUGAACCGCUGGCACUAGGGGCCUUCGUGGUUCCCAAUGAAGCCAUUGGCUUCCAACCCCAGUUAAGUGAAUUCCAAGUGAGCCUUCAGGACCUGGAGAAGUUAUCAGGACUGGUGUUUUUCCCUCGUUUGGAUAGAACUAGUGGUAUCAGGAAUAUCUGCUCUGUGGACACCUGUAAGCUCCUGGAUUUCCAGGAGUUCACUCUGUACCUGAGCACAAGAAAAGUUGAGGGAGCCCAAUCAGUCUUCAGACUGGAAAAGGUCAUGGAAAAUUUGAAGAAUGCAGGGAUUGAACCAGAUGAUUACUUCAUGAACUGCUAUAAGAAGAAACUAGAAGAACUCAAAGCUAAGGAGCAGUCAGGAAUCCUGGAGGGAAAGCAAUCUUAGUCUUUUUCUCCGAAGAUGUGUCCUCUUCAGGCUCAUGUGUUUUAGUGGCUUUGCUUUGUAGAAAUGAUGAAAUCCUAAACUUCAGACUAAAUUUCUCCCCAAAAGAUGAAAGAUCUAAAAAAUUCUGUCAGUUUUUUAUUUGACACAGGAACUAAUUAUUAAGGAAACUGUAAGACCUACAGAUUGGAUGCCGAUCUUGUGUCAGGUUCACAGAGGACUCUGACCACAGGACAACGCUGUUUUUGUCUCUCUUUGGAUGUUCGCACCUGAAGGCAUUUUGUUUUUGUGCCACUGAAUCAUGCAUUAUCUUUGAUGUAUCUCCUCAGCUUUCUUGGAGCCCAGUGUUACAUGUUUUCUUUCUCUAGGACCUGAGUUGGUCUUGGAGAUGGCUUUUAGAUAUCCUCUGUGGCUGUCCUAUCCACAUGUAUUACUGUGUUAUGUAUUCAUUUCUUGCUCCUCUGACAGACCUGCUGGUCCUCCAUUUCUGCCCUAUAGAAGCCCUCAGUGACAUUUUCUGCUCACCUAGUGUGUUCUGUAUAUUAAGCUCAGUGCUUUACAUGGAUUAUCUUAUAGCAACUCUCUGAGGUAAAUACCACUGUCCUCAUUUUACACGUAAGGAAAUUAAGCUUAAGUAUUUUGUCCAAGGUUCACCUUUCCAAAGAAGUAACUCACAGAGGUAGGCAUGUGGGGCCAAGAAGAAAGACAGCAUGACAGACUGAAGUAAUCCAGACACAGAGGUUUUGACUUAGAAAUGUAUACACAUGGGUUUGGUGAUUCUGGGCCCACUUGCUAAGAGGGGUUUGGUUUCUUGUCUGCCAUUGAGCCAAAAUGUCUUGAAUGUUCUCUGACUUGAA